UGCGGCCCCCAGCCUGACCAACAGCGAGGGCUCCCUGGUGGUGGUGUCCUCGCUGCUCACGGCGUUUGCGGCGAGGCGGUUCCCCGGGCGGGCACACCUGGGGAGGUGGGGGGCGCGGCCGCUCAGCGCCCGCCUGCCCCAGGCCGCGUGCCGGUGUCCUUCUCCGCGCCCUACUCGGCCAAGUCCGCACUGGACCGCUACUUUGGCUCCCUGCGGCGGGAGCUGGACAUGCAGCAUGUGGACGUGGCAUCACCCUGUCAUACUGGAGCCGCGGGACCUUCGCCGCCGAGGGCGUUAGGGGAGGGCGCGCGUGCAGGGGUCGGCGUCCUGGCGCAGUGCCCACCACGCUCUCCUGUAUGCGGGGGCGCCCGGGCGGCCCUGGCCGUGAUCCGCAGCAGAGCACCGCGCGCCGCCUGCGUCUUCUGCCCUGGGCGCUUCUGCUCCGGCUGGCUACCGCACCCGCCGGCCUAGUUCGUCCGCCAGGACCUCCGUGUCUCUGCCGCGGCUGGACCCUGAGUUCCCAGGCCAUAUAGUUACAGAAAGACCUCCAAGAGGGUGGCCAAGGCCAAACGCCCAAGAGCGAGCUCAGCCAGGCGUGAUGGCACACGCCUGUAAUCCCAGUACUCAGGAGGCAGAGGCAGGAGGGUGGCCACAACUUUGAGGCCAGCCUGGACUACAGAAUGAGAGCCUGUUUCAAGCACAAACAAAAUACAGAAGGGCAAACUGAGGACAGCUACCAGCACUUGGACACGCGCGCCUCUUGGGGACUUGUAAGGCGUCAGCCCAGGCUUCUUGGUUGGCACUGGUGGCAGGGUUAUUGCUUCCACUUUGUAGAGACCUGGAGCUUGGAAGAGUGGUGUGACUUGGCCAGGCCAGGCCGCCCUGGAGGCAGCCCCAUGUUGCACCUGACCUUCGAGCCCCUCCUGGGCUGCUGGCUGGCUCAGCUGGGGCUCCGGUACCCUGGACACUGCGGGCCGCUCAAUGGCGCCAGGUACAAGAUCCUAGGAGGAGAAGAGAGCAUGUUCUGGGCUGGGCCCAGCCUCCCAUUUCAUAAUAAAAUCCAUUUUCCCUCA